AUUCUAAUAUAAACAAUCUCUGUGGAUUGUGGCGAAGCGUCGUCAAAAAUGGCGGAUGUUUCGGUAAAAAGACAACAGGACCUCGAGGCAACAAAUGAAUUAUCGCAACCAACCAAGAAGGUGAAGUCGGACUGUGAAAAUGACCGGGCAGAGAAUGGAAACGACACAAAUGCCCUGUCUGGCUUUCAAAGCACCGCCGUGUUGAGUGAUUCCGCGAGGGAGAAAACCAUCUACGUCCACGGGAAGCUUGCUGAUCAGAAUGCCGUGGUCAUCCUGGAGAAGACUCCCAUCAGGGAAGACGUCCUGGCUGAAAUCUUCACUGCUUCCACUCUGAAGUUACAGAUGAGGAAUGACAUCUACAGCACCUACUCUCUCCAUGCUCCACCACACCUUAAUGAGAUCAAGGCGACUGUUAUGUGUCCAGCUACUGAGAAGCAUGUGAAGAAAUACCAGCGUAAGGAGAGUUUCCUUGUGGAGGAAACAGCACAGGACUAUGAGUCCAUCACUCUGCCUUACAUAAAGAAGCAGAGUUUCAGUGUGCAGUGGGUGUACAACAUCUUGGACAAGAAGGCAGAGUCUGAGCGGAUACUGUUUGAAGAUCCACACCCUAAGCUUGGUUUUGUCCUCCUUCCAGAUUUCAAAUGGGACCAGAAGCAGCUUGCUGAUCAGAAUGCCGUGGUCAUCCUGGAGAAGACUCCCAUCAGGGAAGACGUCCUGGCUGAAAUCUUCACUGCUUCCACUCUGAAGUUACAGAUGAGGAAUGACAUCUACAGCACCUACUCUCUCCAUGCUCCACCACACCUUAAUGAGAUCAAGGCGACUGUUAUGUGUCCAGCUACUGAGAAGCAUGUGAAGAAAUACCAGCGUAAGGAGAGUUUCCUUGUGGAGGAAACAGCACAGGACUAUGAGUCCAUCACUCUGCCUUACAUAAAGAAGCAGAGUUUCAGUGUGCAGUGGGUGUACAACAUCUUGGACAAGAAGGCAGAGUCUGAGCGGAUACUGUUUGAAGAUCCACACCCUAAGCUUGGUUUUGUCCUCCUUCCAGAUUUCAAAUGGGACCAGAAGCAGCUGGAUGAUUUGUACUUGAUGGCCAUCACACAUCAAAGAGACAUCAAGAGUCUGAGAGACCUGACAUCACAGCAUUUACCCCUGCUUGAAAAUAUACUCCAGAAAGGACAGGAGGCCAUUCUGAAGCACUACAGCCUUCCAGCCAGUAAGAUGAGAAUCUACCUACACUACCAGCCGUCCUAUUACCACCUCCACGUCCACUUCACCAAGCUGGACUUUGAGGCGCCAGGCUGCCGUGUGGAGCGCGCACAUCUCCUCGCAGAUGUCAUUCAGAACCUCCGGUCUGACCCCAACUACUAUAAAACACGAAAUCUGUACUUCCCUCUACGGGCAGAUGACGGGCUGCUCAGUCAGUUUAAGGAAGCUGGGAGAUUGUAACGCUCCACCCGUUGAGGAUAAGACACUUUUUGUAUAUUCAGUAUUCCUUUUAACUAUCCAUCCAUCCAUCUAUUUUUUACCGCUUAUUCCAUUCGGGGUUGGGGGGGGCGCUGGAGCCUAUCUCAGCUACAAUCGGGCAGAAAGCGGGGUACACCAUGGACAAGUCUCCUCAUCCCAGGGCUAACACAGAUAGACAGGCAAAACAUUCACACACACACUAGGGCCAAUUUAGUGUUGCCAAACAACCUAUCUCCAGUUGCAUGUCUUUGGAAGUGGGAGGAAGCCCACACAGUCACAGGGAGGACAUGCAAACUCCACACAGAAAGAUCCCGAGCCCGGGAUUGAACUCAGGACAACUCAGGACCUUCGUAUUGUGAGGCAGAUGCACUAACACCUGUUCCACCGUGCUGCCCUCCUUUAAACUAGUGGGACUCAAUUCAGACAUUUUGUUUCAUCAAUUGUGAUUAUAACUCCAAACAAUUGUGUGAAAUUGUUUUUUUUGACUGAGUCAGUGAAUAAAAAAUAACUGCUG